CGUCCCGAUACCAAGCGAAAUUUUCACCAAACGCCAUAUAGACAUGCGGUGGUGAUAAAUCAUCGACUACACUUAGCAUGUGGUCUACUUGUUCAACAAACAAACAAGUUUAGAACAUGACGCCUUGUAAUAUUUUAAUAUCGAACUAAGAGAUCAUCGUCGACGCUUUGCAUGCAAACAGUGGCUUACCGGAAACAGCAAAAACUAUUAGGCAAUUUGUGUGGAAUGCAGCAGCCAAGAGCUUUAGGAUCAUUAUGGAUCUAAGCUAACCAAGGGAGAAUGGGGAAAAAUGAAGACCAGUGUUGCUCUUGUACUUUGGAGGGGAAAAAGUGCUUCUUCCUCUUCUACGAUGUUUUGUUAGGGUUAUCGGGAGUAGCGAUGGUGGUGUUGGGCACCUGGACGCUGAUCCACAGGAACGAGUUUAACAUCCUCCUGGACAGCAGCUGGUUUGUCAUCAUAGUGGGGCUAAUGAUUGGCAUUGGGGGCGUGGUCGUCCUCAUAUGCACGUGCGGUUGCUAUGGCACCGUCAAAGAACACAGAUAUCUGCUUAUAUCGUUCCUGAUCAUGCUGACCCUAGUGCUGAUCGUCCAGAUAUCCGUAGGGGUAAUCGCCUUCGUACAUCGAGCAGAGCUUACGCACGAUAUGAAAUACACAACAAGACGGCGCAUGAGUGACUAUGGGGUGCGACAGGACGUCACAAAGGCCAUAGACCAGAUGCAAAUUAAUUUCAAGUGCUGCGGCGAGGAUAACUGGUCCACGUGGAACACGACGGCCUGGAAACAAAGCUCCAAUAACUCGGUCCCAGACUCCUGCUGUAAGACACCAUCUUUUGGGUGUGGCAAGAGGGACCAUCCGUCCAACAUAUACCGCGAGGGGUGUGUAAUUGGACUGACAGUGUUCUUCCGUAAACAUUUAUUGGUCCUCGGUAGCGUGUUGCUCGGCAUUGCUUUAAUACAGCUGAUUGGCCUCAUCAUGACAGUAUGCCUCCUGCGAUUUGUUAAAGACUAUUACUGAUGGUUCUAUCCAUCCAGCACCAUACCAUCAGAUGGCUAAAAGAGGCACGCCCUUUAUGGCCUGUUGCCCCACGUAGAGGCGUGUUUUUAUAGUGUAGAAAAAACUGUCCUGCGCAGCCGCAGUCAGACUAAAAUCCCUCCUCCUCAGACAUGGGGUCCAGGGUCCUUACACAAAAUGAAGACAGCAACAAAGGAGCCAACGAUAAAAAUGUUUUUACUAAGUGCUCAAUCCUAAACUAGUGUCCAUAAAAUUAAAUCGUAUUUAUAGUUCCAAAAAUUAAGUAAAGAUAGUACUAAAGCCUUAUUUCUAAGACGAACAAUGAAAGUCUUCUCCGUACCCGUCUUCGCUCUAGACCACUGGAGUUUCCAAGUCGUGGUUCGGUGGAAAACGGCUGAAAAUCAGACAGUCCAUUUCAGAGUGCAUUUCAUGUCUGGCUCUUUGAAGUUUCUAUUUCUUCUGCCGUCGUUUUGCGUGAGGUCUCUUAACACUACGGCUUCCCAGGGGACUUUAAAAAAAAUCCCUCGUGAGGGAGAUGUUUUUGGAUCUUUCCUGGAAUGCUUUUUAGGAAAUUUUGCACAAAUUUAGUCAAAGCUUUUAUUAUCGCGACAUUCCCAUCUGUCAAUUUUGUAUUUAAUAUUCGAAAUGUGUGUUCGGGUGGUUAGAUAUUGCGAUCUUACAAAAGUAGAUUAAUUAACAUCCAACUGAGUAAUAUGAAAAUACUUGUAACAAGAACAUAAGAAAGGAAUAUGCAUUUUGACAUUUUUGUAUAAAAAAUGGACGGUAGUUUUGCAGAAAGAAGUUUCAAGUUAGGUAUCUGUCUCUCGUUUUCCAGAAUCAAAAAAGGCUGUAUAUAUUGGAAAUAGUUAUAACUUUUAUUAGCUAAAUGACUAAACUCUUGCCCAAGCAUCAAACACCCGAUCCGUCAAUAACAUAUCUUAAGAAAAUGUAGAAAAUAAUCUGACUAUAUAAAAAUUCCACAAAUAAACCCUAGUAGAAUGGGA